CGCGGCUGCAACGGCCGCCGCGGGAAGCUCGGGCCGGCAGGGUUUCCCCGCAUGCUGGCGCCCGGCUCCCGGUGCGGAGGCUGCUCUAAGUUUCGCUUUCCAUUCAGUGGAAAACGAAAGCUGGGCGGUGUGCCGCGAGCGCGGGGCCAGACGAAGGCGGUCCCGGAGCGGAACUUCAGCCUCAGCUCGGUCCCCGCCUCAGUCCCAGCGUGGAAGUCAGCAGCGGAGGCUGGACGCUUGCGUGGCGCUUGAGCUUCACUCCUGAAGCCAGGGAGACCACGAACCCACCGGGCAGGAACGGACAACUCCAGAUGCGCCGCCUUAAGAGCUGUAACACUCACCGCGAAGGUCCGCAGCUUCGCUGUUAAGCCAGCGAGACCACAAACCCACCAGAAGGAAGAAACUCCAAACACAUCCGAACAUCAGAAGGAACAAACUCCGAACACGCCGCCUUUAAGAACUGUAACACUCACCGCGAGGGUCCGCGGCGUCAUUCUUGAAGUCAGUGAGACCAAGAACCCACCAAUUCCGGACACACUGGGUUCCAAGAGAUUCCAUCGUGCCUGGCUCACAUAAGCUCUUCCUGGAAGUGAAGUCGUGCUGUCCUGAACGCGGGCCAGGCAGCUGUGGCCUGGGGGUUCUGGAGUGAUCACGAAUGAGCAAGGUGUUUGGGCUCCUGAGACAAACCUGGCAGUCCAUCCUGGCUGCGUCUCCGCAGUCCCCGGCAGAUCUUGAAGAAAAGAAGGAAGAAGACAGCAACAUGAAAACAGAGCAGCCCAGAGAGCGUCCCAGGGCCUGGGACUACCCUCAUGGCCUGGUUGGUUUACACAACAUUGGACAGACCUGCUGCCUUAACUCCUUGAUUCAGGUGUUUGUAAUGAAUGUGGACUUCACCAGGAUAUUGAAGAGGAUCACAGUGCCCAGGGGAGCUAAUGAGCAGAGGAGAAGCGUCCCUUUCCAGAUGCUUCUGCUGCUGGAGAAGAUGCAGGACAGCCGGCAGAAAGCAGUGCGGCCCCUGGAGCUGGCCUACUGCCUGCAGAAGUACAACGUGCCCUUGUUUGUCCAACAUGAUGCUGCCCAACUGUACCUCAAACUCUGGAACCUGAUUAAGGACCAGAUCACUGAUGUGCACUUGGCGGAGAGGCUGCAGGCCCUGUAUAUCAUCCAGAUGAAGGACUCCUUGAUUUGCCUUGACUGUGCCAUGGAGAGUAGCAGAAACAGCAGCAUGCUCACCCUCCCACUUUCUCUUUUUGAUGUGAACUCAAAGCCCCUGAAGACACUGGAGGACGCCCUGCACUGCUUCUUCCAGCCCAGGGAGUUAUCAAGCAAAAGCAAGUGCUUCUGUGAGAACUGUGGGAAGAAGACCCGUGGGAAACAGGUCUUGAAGCUGACCCAUUUGCCCCAGACCCUGACAAUCCACCUCAUGCGAUUCGCCGUCAGGAAUUCACAGACGAGAAAGAUCUGCCACUCCCUGUACUUCCCCCAGAGCUUGGAUUUCAGUCAGGUCCUUCCAAUGAAGCCAGAGUCUUGUGAUGCCGAGGAGCAGUCUGGAGGGCAGUAUGAGCUUUUUGCUGUGAUUGCGCAUGUGGGAAUGGCAGACUCCGGUCAUUACUGUGUCUACAUCCAGAAUGCUGCAGAUAGAAAAUGGUUCUGCUUCAAUGACUCCAAUAUUUGCUUGGUGUCCUGGGAAGACAUCCAGUGUACCUACGGAAAUCCUAACUACCAUUGGCAGGAAACCGCAUAUCUUCUGGUUUACAUGAAGAUGGAGUGCUAAUGGAUAUGCCCAAAACCUUCAGAGAUUGACAUGCUAUCAUUUUCCAUUUCCGUUCCUGGAUCUACGGAGUCUUCUAAGAGAUUUUGCAAUGAGGAGAAGCAUUGUUUUCAAACUAUGUAACUAAGCCUUAUUUAUAAUUAGGGAUAUUAUCAAAAUAUUUAACAACAAGGCCCCUCAGGUCCUGAUCAGUCAGAAUGGAUGCUUUCACCAGCGGACCUGGCCAUGUGGCUGCUCAGUCCUGGGUGCUCGCUGCUGUGCAAGACAUUCGCCCUUUAGUUAGGCCAAAGGCCAGUGGCAGGGGGUAUUUCAGUAUUAUACCACUGCUGUGACCAGACUUGUAUACUGGCUGAAUAUCAGUGCUGUUUGUAAUUUUUCACUUUGAGAGCUGACAUUAAUUCCAUAUAAAUCAAGUGUUUUGUAACUGCUAUUCAUUUAUUCAGCAAAUAUUUAUUGAUCAUCUCUUCUCCGUAAGAUAGUGUGAUAAACACAAUUGUGAAUAAAGUUAUUUUCCACAAAA